UGUACCUCAGAGCCUGGAAGCAGCGCGCGACCUGCGGCAGCAGCACCAUGAGUCUCCCGCUCCCUGAGUAGCCGCGGCGCGCGCGAGACGAAGCAGCUGAGUAUGCGCAGGUCACAGUUCUGAUCGACAUGGCCUGCGACGCGUCCCCCGCGGAGGACUUCCGGGACACCGCGAUGCCCGGAGCCGCCGCGUGCACGUGCGCCAAGAAGUGCCGGAGCCGCAGCGGCAGCGGCAGCGCGCUGUUCCUGGGCUUCUUCCUGCUGUCGCUGUCGCUGCACGCCGCCACGCUGCUCUGCUACCUGGACCUGCGCUCCGACGUCCAGCGGGAGAUCAGCCACCACAAGCGGGACUCGGUGGCGCCCCUAGCGGCCAGGGAGCCGGCCGACCCGGCCGCGCUGCUCGCGCCCGGACGCCCGCGACAGGACUCCGGCUUCAGCCGCGGCGGCGCGCAGGCCCCUGAGGAGAGGCUCCACCGACACGCCGAGGACCACCGAGGGGGCGCCACGCAGCGGGCCAAGAGGAGUCCGGGGAGGCCGCCAGAAACGGGUUCGUUGGGAUUCCUCAUAAAAUCCACUGGGAGGGAAAGGAGGAGAGAGAAGAAGAAAGGGAGGAAGCGGUCUGUGCCGGGGCCCCCUGGUCCCCCUGGUCCCCCUGGCCCACAGGGGCCACCGGGCAUCCCUGGAAUCCCCGGUAUUCCAGGAAGCAACGCUGUGGGGCCUGCAGGACCCCCUGGGCCACAGGGGCCUCCGGGCACUCCAGGUCCAGCAGGUGUUCCCGAUAAGACCAAAACCAAAGAAUUCCAGCCGGCAGUGGUCCAUCUCCAAGGCCAGGAGACCACCAUCCAAGUGAGAGAAGAUCUGUCUGAAGGCAUCCUGAGGAACUGGAAGAUGGUGUCCAUCCACCACCGCGUGUUUAAGAUGCACUCGCGCUCCGGGGAGCUGGAGGUGCUGCUGGACGGGGUCUACUUCAUCUAUAGCCAGGUAGAAGUGUACUACCUCAACUUCACCGACAUCGCCAGCUACGAGGUGAUGGUGGACUCCACCCCCUUCCUGCGCUGCACCUGCAGCAUCGAGGCCGGCCAGCGCAAGUUCAACACGUGCUACACGGCCGGGGUCAGCCUGCUGCGCGCCGGCCAGAGGAUCUCCAUCCGCAUCGUGUACGAGGACACGCUCAUCAGCAUGACCAACCACACCACCUUCCUGGGCAGCGUCCGGCUGGGAGAGGCGCCCUCUGCUGGACAGAACUGAUCACUGCAGCGCCUGCCAUCAAAUGCCCCGUGUUGCCCAUGUUCCUCAUGUUUCCCCCCUCCCCCGUGUUGCCCAUGUUCCUCAUGUUUCCCCCCCUCCCCCGUGUUGCCCAUGUUCCU